GAGCUGGCAGGUUGAGUCCUGCUGAGGAGCCAUCACACCUGUUUGGAGUUUGAGGUGCUAAUGACUGCAGGCAGGCAGAUUGUACAUCUGUGGUGUUGCUAUCUUCAGCUGCUUCUCCUUAGGAGAUCCCUGCUCAGACUGAUCCUAAACUGCUGCUGCUAAUGCUCAUCUCUCCAGAGCAGAGCAAGAGGAUCUGGAGUGUACACUCGCCUCACACUUGAGAGGUCUCGCAGCAGCUGACCCUGCACCAUGGACUUCAUCUUCCAAUUGCUAUUCUCGCCUCUCCCGACCCCCGUGGUCAUUUCGGCGAUCGCCGUUGGUGUUGCGACCCUGUUUUACCUCAACACGCGGCCCAGUCCGCUUCGCAGCCCGGCCGACCUCAACCGACAGAGUCUGGGAGUCAAGGAUGGCGCAAGAAAAACCGCCUUGUUGGAGGACAACAACAACUUGAUGUCAUAUCUCUACAAUGAUGCAAAAACCCUAUAUGAGGUUUUUCAGAGGGGCCUAAGAGUUUCAGGUAAUGGACAGUGUUUGGGCUACAGAAAACCUGGAAGACCUUACCAAUGGCUGAAGUACCAACAGGUGUCUGACAGGGCACAACACUUGGGGUCAGGACUCCUUCACAAAGGUUUGAAGCCCAACUCAGAAACAUUCAUCGGCAUCUUUGCUCAAAACAGACCUGAGUGGAUUAUUGGUGAGCUGGCGUGUUACACCUACUCCAUGGUAGCAGUCCCUCUGUACGACACUCUGGGUCCUGAGGCUCUUGUCUUUAUUAUCAACCAAGCUGAGAUCUCCACAGUGCUCUGUGAUGACCAGAAGAAAGCAGAAACACUACUGCUGAACCACGAAAAAGGCCAAACUUCAGUUCUCAAAACUGUUGUGCUCAUGAACUCAUUCCCCCCUGAACUGAUUGAGCGAGGAAAGAAAUGUGGGUUGGACAUUGUGUCCAUGGAAGACAUGGAGGUACUGGGAAAGAAUAACCUUCAAAAGCCAGUGCCGCCAAAGCCAGAGGACCUCAGUAUUGUUUGCUUCACCAGCGGCACUACAGGAAACCCAAAGGGUGCAAUGUUGACACAUGAGAAUGUUGUUGCUAAUGCCGGAGCUGUCAUCAAAUCCUUUGAGACAUCCUUAGUUCCAUCUCCUCAGGAUGUCAGCAUUUCCUUUCUGCCUUUAGCGCACAUGUUUGAGAGAAUUGUACAGAUAGUGAUUUAUGGUGCUGGGGCCAAGGUGGGGUUCUUCCAGGGGGACAUUCGGCUGCUGCCAGAUGACAUGAAAACUCUGCAGCCCACGGUUUUCCCAGUGGUGCCUCGACUCCUCAAUCGAAUAUAUGACAAAGCUCAGAGCGGAGCUACAUCUCCCUUUAAGAAAUGGCUGCUGAACUUUGCUGCAGCGAGGAAGUAUGCUGAGGUGAAGGAUGGCAUCAUCAGGAAAAACAGCAUAUGGGACAAACUCAUCUUCAGCAAAGUCCAGGAGUCUCUGGGGGGCCAUGUGAGGAUGAUGGUGACUGGAGCGGCACCCAUAUCACCAUCUGUUCUCCGCUUCCUCAGGGCUGCUCUGGGCUGCCAGAUCUUUGAAGCAUACGGUCAGACAGAGUGUGCAGCUGCCUGCACUUUCACCUUACCAGGAGAUGCCACUUCUGGUCAUGUUGGCGUGCCUCUGCCUUGUAAUUUUUUGAAGUUGGUUGAUGUGGAUGAAAUGAACUACUUUGCUUCAAAUGGUGAAGGGGAGGUGUGCAUUAAGGGAACAAAUGUAUUUAAGGGCUACUUGAAAGAUCCAGAAAAGACUGCAGAGACCUUGGAUAAGGAUGGUUGGCUCCACACUGGUGAUAUUGGCAAAUGGCUUCCGAAUGGAGUCUUAAAGAUUAUUGACAGAAAGAAGAACAUAUUCAAGCUGGCUCAGGGGGAGUACAUCGCCCCAGAGAAGAUCGAGAAUGUGUACGUCCGGAGCGGACCCGUGGCCCAGGUGUUUGUACAUGGAGACAGUCUGCAGUCCUGCCUGGUUGCUGUUGUGGUCCCCGAAGCAGCCAUCCUGCAAGGUUUUGCAAAAAGUCUUGGCAUCCAGGGCUCCAUUGAAGAACUCUGCAAGAACACAGAAAUUAAAAAAGCCAUAAUUACAGAUAUGACCAAACUAGGAAGAGAAGCAGGUCUAAAGUCUUUUGAGCAGGUGAAAGACGUGCACCUCCACCCUGAGCUCUUCACUAUUGAGAACGGCCUGUUGACUCCCACCUUGAAGGCAAAGAGGACUGAGCUCAAAGCUCUGUUCCAAUCACAACUCAACCAACUUUAUGCUAACAUCCAAUAAAUUAACCCUCAGAUACACGUUGGUCUUUACCAACGUGUAUCUGAGGGUUCUGCUGUUCUUUUACAGCAGAACAUUCAGUUCAGUUUCUUUAUAUGGCACUCAUUUACAUCAAAUCUCACCUCAAGGCACAAAUGAUACAGUUUAUAUACAGAAAUAUUUAGUUAAUUUGGUACAAUCAGAGAGUCAGACUUAAACUACAUAGGAAUUCCAACUUGAUCCUUGUAAUGAUGCAGUAAAGUUCAGUUUAUAAUGCUUAUUGGUGAAGUGUCCAUUUAGUGAUGCAAAACUUUCACCAUAACAUUUUUAACCUACAUAGCAAAUGGUUCUGCUGAACCAAAUCGUGUAAAGGCAAAUUAAUGUGAAACUUGACUACUUAAUUAAAAGCUGGUGAUGUCAUUUUCAUGUCUAAAAUAGUGGAAAUCCCUGGUAGCAUUUCAUAAAUGUUAAUAAAGGUUAUUUGGUAAAUCA